UUGCCAGGAAACAAGCGUCGACGCUAUGGCUUUUGCUUCCCCCAGCCAAUGAGCUGUCACGUCAUUGCCCAGGCCGGCGUCCCUGGGCGGUUACGUGUGGCGCGCGGGGGCGCGAGCUGCGUGUGGCUCGGGGCGGGGCGCGGCUUGAGCUCCUGAAGAGCGAUGGCGGCGGCCUGAACUCACCUUAGCACAUCCGCGACAACAGGGCCUGGCCCAGUUCGGCGCUCAGUGAGUGAACUAUUUGCAAGUCUGGACUGGACAGUGACCUUUGGGCUUGUAACUCCAGUCUGGUGUAAUCUCUGGCUCGAUGGCCAGUUACUGGCUUCUACAGACCAGAUGAAGCAUACUGGAGACAGAAGUGGAGAAAGCCUCCAGCUGGCAUAUCCUCAGAGUGUAACCCUCUGGCUGCUGGCCCUGCCCAGUCUGCCUUAUGGAAAGGAUGAACUGGCUGGGCAGACUGGCCUCCCGGGGCCCUGGGCACCGUGUACCUCAAGGGGCCAGUCUUCAGGCCCCUGUCAUGGCUGACCCUGAGACCUGCCUCAUGGUCUUCAAGAAUCACUGGUCCCAGGUGUUGCGGAUCCUGGAGCGGCAAGGCCCUCGGGUUGCUCCUGGAGGUGCAGAUGAUCUCAGUGCUGUGCGCAACCACACUUACCAGAUGUUAACAUUGCUGGCAGAGGAUCGUGCAGUCCCUUCAGCCCCCACCGGCCCUGGGCCCCUGCUGGAGUUUGCUCUGCGUGAAGAUCUGCUGACCCGUGUGUUGGCAUGGCAGCUGCAAUGGGAUGAGCUUGGAGAUGGGGUGGAGGAACGACGAGCUGAACAAUUAAAACUAUUUGAGAUGCUAGUGAGCGAAGCUCGCCAGCCCCUGUUGCGGCAUGGUCCAGUUCGUGAGGCUCUGCUGACCCUUUUGGAUGCCUGUGGCCGCCCUGUACCUAGUAGCCCUGCACUGGAUGAAGGCCUGGUGUUACUUCUCAGCCAGCUGUGUGUGUGUGUGGCCCAGGAGCCUUCAUUGCUUGAGUUUUUCCUGCAACCACCUCCUGAGCCAGGAGCUGCUCCACGUCUUCUCCUCUUUUCUCGCCUUGUUCCUUUUGUCCAUCGAGAGGGCACACUGGGCCAGCAGGCCCGUGAUGCCCUGCUUCUGCUCAUGGCUCUGUCAGCUGGGAGCCCUACUGUGGGCCGCUACAUCGCAGAUCACUCUUACUUCUGCCCGGUGCUGGCCACAGGGCUAAGUGCCCUGUACUCCUCACUGCCACGAAAGAUUGAGGUUCCAGGGGAUGAUUGGCACUGCCUACGACGGGAAGACUGGCUAGGAGUACCAGCCCUUGCACUCUUCAUGAAUUCCCUGGAGUUUUGCAAUGCAGUCAUUCAGGUGGCUCACCCUCUGGUGCAGAAACAGCUGGUUGAUUAUAUCCAUAAUGGGUUCCUCGUGCCUGUCAUGGGCCCUGCCCUGCACAAGACCUCUGUGGAGGAGAUGAUCGCCAGUACUGCCUAUCUGGAACUUUUCCUACGUAGUAUCUCAGAGCCUGCCUUGCUCCGUACCUUCCUGCGAUUCCUGUUGUUACACCGGCAUGACACCCACACCAUCCUUGACACCCUCGUUGCCCGUAUUGGCAGCAACUCCCGGCUCUGCAUGGUCUCUCUGAGUCUCUUCAGGACUCUCCUGAACCUCAGCUGUGAGGAUGUGCUGCUGCAGCUGGUUCUCAGGUAUCUUGUUCCAUGUAACCAUGUGAUGCUGAGCCAGAAGCCAGCUGUACGUGAUGUGGAUCUCUAUGGACGAGCAGCUGACAAGUUUCUCUCCCUAAUCCCACGCUGUUGUCGGCACAGUGCCCCCAGCCCACCCCGUCCAGAGCAUGCCUCGUGGGCACGAGGCCCAGGAAGCCCAACUGUUGAUUCUUCUUCUGUGGUGACAGUGCCGCGGCCCUCCACACCGUCUCGUCUGGCUCUCUUCCUUCGGCAGCAGAGCCUGGGUGGCUCUGACUCCCCAGGUCCAGCCCCUCAUUCCCCAGGGCUUGCUGCAUCCCCAGCCUCCAGCCCUGGCCGACGGCCCAGCCCUGCAGAGGAGCCUGGUGAGCUGGAAGACAAUUACCUGGAGUAUCUGCGUGAGGCGCGCCGUGGUGUGGACCGCUGUGUCCGAGCCUGCCGUACCUGGUCUGCCCCCUAUGAUGGCGAGCGUCCCCCUCCUGAGCCCAGUCCUCUUGGCUCCCGGACUAAGAAACGCAGCCUACUGUCUGAGGACAGGGACAAUGUGGGGCAAGGGGAGGAAGAAGAGCUUGGGAGUAGGGGGCUCUCUGGGAGUGUAGGGGAGGGUCCUGGCCAUGUGCCCCCUCCCCAGCUCAAUGGAGUGCCAGGACCAUGGCCUGAGGGAGCCAAGAAGGUUCGUCUGGUGCCCCAUCUGGUGCCACAGGAGGGAGCCAGGGAACUGCUAGAGGGUACCUCUGAGGGUAUGGCAGGACUAGAGAGCUUUGGGCAAGAGCUCCAUGAGCUGGAGGUGGCAUUGAGCAAUGGUGGAGCUGGCUCAGAGCACCCUCUAGAGCCUCCACUACCUCUUGAGGAAGAGGAGGCCUACGAGAGCUUCACCUGUCCCCCUGAGCCCCCUGGCCCUUUCCUCAGCAGCCCUUUUCGGACUCUCAACCAGCUGCCGAGCCAGCCUUUCACUGGCCCCUUCAUGGCUGUGCUCUUUGCCAAACUCGAGAACAUGCUGCAGAACUCCGUCUAUGUCAACUUCCUGCUGACGGGGCUGGUGGCCCAGCUGGCCUGUCACCCCCAGCCCCUGCUCCGCUCUUUCCUGCUCAACACCAACAUGGUCUUCCAGCCCAGUGUCAAGUCCCUGCUGCAGGUGCUGGGCUCUGUGAAGAAUAAGAUUGAGAGCUUUGCAUCCUCCCAGGAAGACUUCCCAGCACUGCUAUCCAAAGCCAAGAAGUACCUCAUUGCCCGUGGCAAGUUGGACUGGGCUGAGGGUCCUACAACAGGACCUGCCCCCCGCCGCUCUGAUCCCCUAGUGAAGAGCCGGAGGCCAUCCUUGGGGGAGUUACUCCUGCGGCAUGCACACAGUCCAACCAGGGCCCGGCAGGCCACACAGGUCCUUCAGCCUGGGCGAGAUGGAGCUGGACUUGGCCUAGGUGGGGGCUCUCCUGGGGCAUCGACUCCAGUUAUGCUCCCCAAGGGCGGGGCUCCUGAGCGCCAAGGUGAGGCUCUGCGAGUCAAGAAUGCUGUCUACUGUGCAGUCAUUUUCCCUGAGUUUCUCAAGGAGUUGGCUGCCAUCUCCCAGGCCCAUGCUGUCACGUCGCCUUUCUUGUUGGAUACUUCAGAGGAGGCAUCUGGCCCUCCCAUCUCAGGCUUUGGGCCCCUCAAUCCUUAAUUUUCUUCCAUGGACAAUCAGGGCCAUAAGUGACCUGGGCUGAGGCCAGGGCACAGGCUCCUUUUUAUGUUUGGAGGCAGUGGCAAAAGAACUUUUUAAUUUAUUUCAGAUGAAUGUUUUAUGGAGAACUUACUGCAAUAUGUAUAAAAGGGAAAUCUCUAUUCUGUGCUCAUUCUUUUUUCCCAACCUUUUUCUAUGGGGCUGGGUCCGCAAAAAUGGUUGUACGUAGAAGGGGAGGUCAUCAGGAGUAUUCUCUCUGGUGAAGACAUUGGUGCAAAGGUUUCAAGCUAUCUCUUUUGCCCUUAGAGGCUGAGAGAACUUGAAGCCAAGGGAAAACAGUGAGAACUCUUCCCCUGCCUCUGGACCACAGGAGGAAGAAAUAACAUGGGCCCAGGAUAGCUUGGGGGAAUAGCAGCUGAUGUUUAUUGGGGACCAGUAUCCCUUUGCUAGAUUUGAGGGCUUUGCCCCCUGCAUCUGUUGCUUCAAUUUCAGUCGUCGCUGUCGAACUCCGAGGACAGAGCUUGCAGCAGGGCCAGGGACAUGGAGUGCCGGUCUGGGUCCCCAGGACCCCCACCCUGGGCUCCUGGUGGGGGGCUGCGGGGGCUGAAGAGCCAGUUCUCUGCCAGGGUUGGGAUAGUCACAGCUUGAUUCAUGCCCUAGUCUUUUUGAUUCCCCUGUCCCUCCCUCUGGCCCUCUCUGCUGCCCCCACCCCCAUACCAGGGCCGUGCUUCUGAUUUACCCUCCCCUGAGUCCCUUAUGUCAUCCCCUUCACCAGGAAUCUUGGGUGCCCCACACAUUCCUGGCGUAUACUCCCCAUAGCCCCUCUCCCCCUUCUACUUUGUCCCUCCCAGCACCUCCUCAUUUCCCCUAGAAAUACCUGACAGCAUCUGGGGCCCUCUCCAGAAGAGGUUUCGGCCCUUGUAGGAGAAUCUGUUGGGUCUGCCUUCUGGCCCUGCCUGGGGAGGUGGUGUAGGUGGGACUGGAACAGAUGGGGACCCAUCAGCUUCGGGAGUAUCAGCAGGUGCUGCUGGGGCCAGAGUUGGCAUGAUUCUGGGGUUGGGUCUGAUCCAUUUGGCUGAAUGAGGCAGUGGGUCUUUGAUCAGAGGUUUCUGUGGUCCCACCACUCCCUUGGGCUGCAGUGAAAACUUGAGGCAGGAGAAGGCAACAGGCAAUGACCGCUGCAACUGGAGCAUCUGGGGCUCACCGGCUGUAGGCAACAGCUCCAGCUGCAGCCAGGAGCAAGAGAAGACCUGGUAGAUGACAUAGAUGCUGUGGGUGCUUCGGAGCCAGGGAAGACUCUGCUGUAGGCUCACCUGCCCUGGUGGCAGCAACAGGAAAGCAACCUUCUUGCGUAGGCUACCCGUAUGUAGGCGGAUCCAGCAGGACUGCCCAUCCAGCAGUCGCAUCUCUUCAUAGGUAAUCUGUGCUCGUCCAUUUGGUGAGUAUUCCCGAAUGCAGUGGGCAAAGGCACCCUCAGAUCCUGCUUGUUCUAGGAGGUUUGGUAGUGGUCCCACUGGUUCCAGUGCCCUUCGGCCCUGCCGCCCUGGCAAAGCCAGGCGAGCGUGGGCUGGCCGGGACUUUUUCACUAGCACACCCAGCAGGUCAUAGAAGGCUGAGUCUGACAAGAAAGGUACUGCCACUACAUUGGAUCCAAAGUGUUCCUGGAUAACCUGCGGGUGGCCAGUUUGUAAGUCAGGCACUGAGUUAGGGUCAAGAGUGAACUAGCAGUCUACUAGAGAUUGACUUUCCCUCUUACUUAGAUCUCUACAGCAUACCUAGUCUUUUGUUUUUGGUUUUUUGAGAUAAGAUCUUGCUGGGUAACCCAGGCUGGCCUUGAGCACACUGUGUAGCACAGGCUAGCCUUGAGCUCGUAGUGGCCCUGCCUCAGCCUCCCAUGUACUGAGAAUAUAGGUUAUACUUCCUGCAUGUCUCCUAGUUCCUUCCUGUAGCAAAGCCUUGAACAUCUACUAUGUACCAGACUAUGCCAGAUACUAAGGAUACAUGAAAGAAUGAGACUUUAUAUUUACCUUAAUAUACCUCAGUCUAACUGAGGAGACAAAAGGUAAGCAGUAGUAAAGUAAUAGCUGAAUGUAAAGAAGAUGAGUGACUUAAUGGCCUUUAUCUUUGAUAGAAGGAGGUUUCUAGGUAGUAAUACUUGUGUUUUAAAGGAAUUAACCAGUUAGGAAAUGUUACUCCAGGCAGAGUGGAUAGCCAGUGAAGAAACACUUUCAAACUAUGGGGGGCACAUCUAAGAAUAAAUAAUUUCAUAUGACUUAGAUGUUAGGUAUGAAGAAGGAAAGGCAUCCAAGAACUAGAUUUUGAAAGGCCUAGUAGGUCUUUUAUAAGUGACUGGAAUAUUACCCAAGGGCACUUGUUUCCACUUGAAGGGUUCUGGGUAGUAGGGACAACACCAGGUGUGUGUUUUAGGGAGCUGGUUUUUAAUAGGAAAACAUACGUAAGGAGAAUUGAUUAUUUAACAGUAUUGGCAAUACUCCAGGUAAAACAUACUAAGUAAAAGCUGAAAUAAUAAAGGUGGGGGAGGAGGGAGCAGAAAGGAUUCUAGAAAGAUGUAGGUGAUAGAAUUUCUAGAAAUUGGUCACCUAAGGGUUGUGGGAGAAGGACUCUUCAGGGAUCAUUCCUACGUCAUUGGUUACAUGGGUAAUGUCAUUAGCCAAGAAUAGGUGCACAGGGAUAGGUUUCUAAUGUCUAUUCUUUAUCUACUGUGUCAGUUACUUCCUAAUAUGUAUACUUUCUACCUUAGUCACAGGCAUAGUUCUCUUUUAGGGUAUUUAAGGCCUCAUCUUUGUAAUGUUACUUCCAAAAUGCUUCUAGGGAUUUCAGCUCCCCUAGGUUUUGUUUAUUUUGUCCUGCAGAUUUUUCUCGGUAACAUACACAGUUGUAGAAAGUAUUUCAUGAACAACUAGGAACCCUAUAAUGUCCUCUAGUAAUUGUACUGGUUUUAUGAUCUCAACCCUUGCAAGGCUGAGACUGGGUCAUUUCAUUGGCUGAGACUUUUGGCUGUCUGUUCUAGGGAGUCAGGGCAACCCCCCAUCUUCCUCUGUCAGUGGUCCCCUAAAGCUGAUUUGUGUUUGGUGACAUAAAGCUAUUUUGGAAGUGCUAAUUCAUAGCAUUAAAAGGAUAUCUAUCUGAUGAAGUUGAGUCUCCACCUGGUUAAAGCAAGAUAGCUUGCAGGCUACUGUCUUGUUCAUCUGGCCAUAGAAACCACUGGUACUCUUUUGAUCUUCAUGGAAGAACUUCUCAUCAUUCCUUCUUUGCUUUAAUAAGACAUGGAUCAGUUUCUUUUGGAUGGGAACGUUAGGCUAAAGAAUAGGCCUCUGAGAAGAGCCAGUUGGGUUUCCAGGGUUGAGAGCAGAGCACUGAUGUAUUCUCAUUUUUGGGUGGAAUGAUUUUUGCCCCAUGAUGAAAACCACUAAGGGUAACCUCAGAAUCCCACCCUAAUUGCUCUUUUGUUUCUAGAUCCUGAACAUAUGAAGUGUCUUCAGUAGGGGUCUCUCCAUUAGAAGUGAUGUUUGAAAUACUUGGCUUAUUGUCCAAGUUUCUUCUGAAAGGGUGAAUCUUUGGUUUAGCUAGAGGUUCCUCCCCAGCACAUACAUAAUAAUUUGCCACGGAGGCUUAUUAGUCCCUCCUUACCCUUGAGAGUCCCAGUGGUCAUCUAAAGUAGGAAAAUGAAGAAGCUGUGCUGCUCUGUUCUUUCCCUAGGGUGACUGUGUUCUUGCUACAGUCACCAGUUGAGACAGCUUUUUGCUCCUACAGAACUUCUCUUUCUGAGUGGGAGUUCUAGGUUUUGUAGGGAUAGGCCAGGAAGGUGAUGGUGGAAGAUUAUCUCCCUACAUGUAGCUUGAAUUCUGAAUGGGGAGUUCUUGAGCCACAUUCUGUUUAGUGUAACAUUUUGUAAAGUGCCCAAUAAGUUGUCAGCAAUUUUGAUGAUAGUAAACUAGGAUUAUUUCAAGGUGCCCUACUCCUUGAAUUUAAUUUAUUCUUCAUAUCUCUACCCUGAUUUUUCUAUUGAAAUAGUACAGCAAGUUUUUUCAUACUCAGAGAUGGUAUAGUGUUGUGAUAUUUGAAGAGUAAUUUAUUGUCAUCCUGAUUCUAAUUGGUCUGAUCUGGGUUGAACCAUCUGCAGUGCUGAAACCAUUUACUCAGAUACAUAGCAACUCUUUGACUCUCCUUUUUCUGCUUCCCUGGCCUUUAUGGUGAGCAGCUUACCAGGGAAUGGGUGCUGUAUGUCAUGAAGGCUGCUUUAAGUCUGCAAGCUUAGUGGGCUAUUUUCUGUGAAGGCUUUAAGUAUGUCUGCCUUCAAAUUAAUGUUGCCAUAACCUGAUCCAUAAAGUCUCCCACCUGAGAAAUUUGAAGCUAUCUAGGCUGCAGCUGACAAGUGAAUUGAUGGGACAUGUUGGAUACUUGCAACCCCAGAAAGGGUGAGAUCUUUGUGCUUCUUGAAAUUAAUUUCACUCCAAUCCAAAUUUCUCAUUGUGGGAAUUAAGGUGGAAGGAAUAUCUGAAAGAGGUUGAAGGUAACGAUUGUAUAGGAAGUUUAAAGGGCUUUCCAUGAUGUUUCUCUAUACUUUUUUUUGGCCUCAUUUUGCCACUGCUCAUUUGAAUUUAGCUCUAGAAGACUUUUGGCAGUCUACAAAUAUUUUUUUCUUUCCUGUCUUGGCUUUUGCAUAUGCUCUACCUUUAAUUAGUAUGCUGUUCACUCCCCCAUCCAUCUGCUCAUUAAUUUAUUCAGGUAUUUAUUGUGUCCUUUUUAUGUGCCAGCUACUUCUGUCCAUUUUUGUAUAACUCUUCCUUCCAUAGCAAGAAUAUUCUUCAGGAAGCCGUCCUGAUCUCUUAAGUCUUAUUCCUGAUUUGUGGUUUCCUUGCUAUUGUUAUAGCUCACUAUAUUUCGAUCUUUAAGGAGCCUUUCUUACUACAGUUGUGAUUAAGUGGGGCAGUUUGCAUAUAGCACUUUACCACUGUGCCUAACAUACAAACAAGUACUGAGUAAAUGUUAGUUACUAUUGUCUUAGGUUUCCCACCCCUUCCUACUCACAAGCUGUUCAGACCCAUCCAGAUCACAUUGUUGUUGCUUCCUUUACCAACCUUAUCCUUGAUGAGAGUCCAAGUGGCAUCAGCUUCAUCCAGUGUUAGCAGCUGGGGAUUAGUAACCAACAUGGUGGGCAGAGCAGUGGCUGUUGCAGGAACCCUGGGCUUCCCUAGAACCCUAUGCCUUGGGCUCUGACCUAUUGUAGCAUGAGGUCAUAGAGGUCCUGCUAGGUAAUGUUUUGGGUAGGGUGAGAACAGUAAUUUUUCUAGCCUCAUUACAGCCUGUGGUUCAUACUCUUGAGUCACCUACUUUAGGGGAAGAAAAUGUUGGUAUCUGUUAGGCAGCACUGUGUGUGUGUAAUUCUUGGUUUGUGUUCCUUAGGGAAAUAGGAUUAUGUCUCUUCUAGUAGUCUUCCUGAAGCAAUUUACUCUUCAGUUAGCUGCAGAUAACUUCUUUGUGAGGUUGAAUUGGGGUCCUAAAGGAUGUAGAAGUACAAGACAGGUCUUACAUGGAGAAUGCAGCAGUGGUUCUCAACCUUGGCUGCACCUGGAAGUUACUUGGGAGUUUUAAAAAUUACUGAUGUCUGUUUCUUACUUCCAGAGAUUCUGAUUUCAUCGUUCUGGGGUGAGUGGGCAUCACAACUUCUAAAAGUUUCUUAAGUAAUUUUAAUGUAUAGCCUAGGUUGAAACCCAUUAUUAAUGGGUGGGUUAUAAGUGCAGAGGAAAACAGGUGUGUGUGUAGGAGGGUACCAUGCUGAGCAAUGACAGUGUGGAGGGUAAAAAUCUCAUUCAGUUAAUGUUGCCUUAGUAACUGAAGAGAAUUUUCAGGGAACCAGAAUUACUGAAGUAAAAUUGAGGAAAACUUUAUUUAUCCUCAAUUCUCUGUCUUAGGCUAAUUUUUGUCUACUAGCUUCUAUUUUACUCCAGCUCCUGUUGGUUAUAUCCCCUUGUUUUUUAAUCCAGAAAUUUCAACCUAGUAUUUUUUUGGUUUGACUUAGAGUCUUUCUAGGAGUUCCUCUCCCAUUUUAUACCUUAUGUCCAAAGAGUCCUCUCUCUGAGCCCCUCAGAGAGCAUCCUUUGUGCCCAGGAAGAACUUGUGUGUAGGGAGUAUCCUCCGCUGGCUUGGUCCAGAUUGUAGUGCUGUCCCACAAAGUUAUCUGCCAUCUGAGUGCCUGAGAUGGUGGGAGUGUGGGGUGGCAAAGCAGUUCUACAGUGGUGGGAGAGAGUGAUGUCAAGAAAAAUUUCCUAAAGGAGAUAUAACUGGCCUUUGGGAAGGGCAAGUUUUCCUGAGGCAGUUCUCUUCACUAAAUAUAUGAAAGCCAAGUGUCUUUGGGCUUCAUUCUGUUCUUCAGGAGAAUAAUUAAUAUCAAAUAUUUGUUGAGCUCUUCUGUGCUCGGGCCUGUGCCAUAUAUUGGAUACGUUAUUUUAGUUAAAUCCUUUUAGGAACCCCUUGAAGUAGGUACUAUUCCAUUUUACAAGUGAAGAAAAUGCUCAGUGAAGUUACAUAAUUAGCCCACGCCAGAGAGUUAAUAGAGUGGGAUUCAAAUCUAAGCCUAUUUAAUUCCACCUUUAACCAUUAAACAAUAGUCCUUUUGGUAAAAGGAGAAAUCAACAUUUUCCUUCUGCUUGUUUUAAUGUGUGGUAGGAGAGGUGCAUGCUGGAUGGAAAGUAAAAAGUAGCUUAGAGAAAAGGAAAUGGGCAGGAUGAGAGAGAAGCCAGCACAGACCAAAUCAGAUACCCAAAGAUUCUCAUAAGUGAAGUUCCUCCUGUUAGUAGCCCUUUAGCAUGUUUUUUCAUUUUUGUGCACAAGGAGAGGUUACUGAGUGUAGUGUAGUUGGCAUCUCUGUUCUCUCUGGAGAGGAAUUCUAUGUGAGGAAGACAGACACAAGUAGAGUACGAGAGAGACAUUCACAAGGGCCAAAGACAUGGAAUAAAAGUGACAGUGCAGGGAGGCGGAGAUGGAGAGGUGCUGAGUGAGUGAGAGGGAGUGAUGCACAUGUAGGUGCUGGAGGGAGCCCAGCAUGAGAAGGGGUAAAUGAGGUAGAUGCUGGGACGGUGGCGUGUUGGUCACAUUAGGUGAGAGCCCUUUUGGAUUUUUGUUCAAUGAGAUGGGCUCAGAGAGGCAGUGGGGUAAUGAUCAAUGCUUCAGUGAGAAGCCUAUACCUUCUGUCUUUUUAUCGUUUUCUGACUGCCAUGAUUUCUAGGCUUCCUAAAUUCCAUACUGCUCUACUUUGACAUUAAGAAGUCUGUCUUUCCUUUUGGCUCAUAGAUUGUGAGACUGAAAGUUAUUGAAGGAAAACAGAUGACAACUGAGUCCUGGAUGGAGUUGGUGAGCCUAAGGGGUGGGCUGUUUGGGCCAUGACCUGCUGCUGGGAUUUGCUUCCAGUGUGGCACAUUCUGGGGUCUCCUUGAGAAAGAGGCAUAGAUCAUCUGCAGGAUCUCUGAGGGUGAUGUGGAGAUCACAACAGGAAUAAGCAAAGGGGCUAUUUAUUCUACACUUGAUCUUAGCCAAAAGGCUGAAAUGCGAUGGAUGGGGCUGUUUAUCCUGGGAAUGUGGAGUUCUCUGCACAAACCUCAUGGACAGUAUAGCAGGGUAUAAAAUAGCAAAGACCUAGGGAUAAAGAGCCCUAACAAUCUUCACUUCUCUCAGUCUGUAGAGAUAAUCAUACAAGUCCUUAAUACUUUAUUUGAAACUUCUGGGGGCAUACAUCUUUUGGAAUUGAGAAGCUUUCAAGUUAUAGAAAGGGGAAUAUAACUAUAUGCAUAUAUAUAUAUAUAUUAUACAUAAUAUGUAUAUAUAACAUAUUAAGAAAUACCGCAGAGGGAUUCAGGGCAGUGUCUUGUAAUGAAACACAUCAUUUCUUCAGUUAAAUGUAUGAAUAUUUAAAAUGAGAUAAAGACUAUAAAUAGGAUCAUAAGUUGAAGUCACAUGAUUUUGAGAGAAAGAUAAUAAAAAAUUGUUUCAUCAGAGACUUUUAAACUUAAAAUUGCAGGUAAUGGGUUUGUGAACUUACAAUUAAUUCUCAGGUUAUAAUGAGGAAUGAGUGUGCCAGGAAAGCUUUCUAAAAUAUCACGUAGUAGGUAUGUAUGAAACCUCAUCCAGAACAUAAUACAAAUGUCCAGGGGAGUAGAUCUUUGGCUCGAAGGAAGAAAGUUCUUACAAUGGACAAUGUGUAGCUUUGGAACCAACUACUGGGGAAUUCUGCACCCCCAGGGGUUGAAGGUGCCUUAGAAGAGUCUUCCUGUAGUGGGAAGGUGAAUUCAUUGCUUAUGAACAUUGGCUGCACAUGAUUUCCCUUUUCAUGUAUCGGAGGGGAAAGGCAAAAGCUGUGUAUGUAUGAUAUGGGAUAUUCUUACAA